AUGAGAAGUAUAGUCCUUAUUUUUCUUUGUCUUCAUGCUUAUUUUACAGAACAUGCAUCAAUUGAAAUCAAGGAUAAUUUAACUAAACUUGAUUGUACUUAUACGGAUGCAAUAUUUGGUCGUAUUGACUUAUCAAGAGUUGGUUUAAAACAUGGUAUUCCCGCCUUUCGACAUGUGCUCAAAGACGAUUAUUUUUAUUCUUAUAAUCCAUGUUAUUCAUUUUCUGAAAAAUCUUCUUGCACGAAUGUAGCUAUAUGUCAAAUUGCUAAAGAUGGAUCAGCUUAUUAUGCUCUUGGUUUUAAUGCAAUGGUCAGUUGGUCAGUAACACUUGAUGGUAACGUAACACUUGUUUAUUCUACAGAAGAUCGUCAAACAAUAGUUAAUCUUGCUUGUUGGAAUGAAAUCGAUCAACUUGCUAUAAAUGGUGAAUAUGCAUUACGACAUUAUAAUUUAACUUUAUUUAGUAAAUGUGCAUGUUGGAAUGGUUGUUAG